CUGCACCCUGCACUGUACCCCUUCCUGACUUUCAUCUCGGUUUGAUGCAUGCAUAAACCCACGUUUAAACGUUGCUUCCUGUGUGAUUUCAUACGCAGUAGCAUUGUUUGCAACGGAUUGAAAAUGCUGCUUCUUCUGAGUUGCUGGAUUAUUGCAGGGAUAACGGCAGAGGACCCACCAAAAAUGUACUACCGGGUGAAAAACAGCUCACUAUGUUUACAAGUUGUAAACUCAUCAGCAUAUCGUCAAGAGUCUUGGUCAUUUAAUAAUGAAGCUAUUGUUGUUGGUGAAACCAUCACACCAAACUAUAAAGACAAAGUGGAUUAUUACCCAGUGAACCACUCCUUGUGUCUCAACAAACUCACUGAGACAGACAGUGGCACCUAUACAUUUUCAUUCAUCGAUUAUACAUUUAAAAAGUCAGAUAAGAAACACAGACUAAUUGUUCAAGAAAGACUUCCCAGUCCUGUCUUCAAAUCAGGACUGCCCUCCAACAUGUCUGCUGGACUCUGCACCAUCACAGUCAACUGCUCCAUCCAGGAUGACUGGGUGUUGUCUGUCUGUGAUGAGGACAGUUGCAGGACAUCUCAGAGAUCAGUUAAGAAGGUCAACAUCACCGUCUUCACUGAGAACAGAUCAGUCGUCUGCAGAGGCAACAACCACGUCAGCACAAGCAACGUUUCGGAAAGCAUUGAGGCAGUGUGCUCAAGAAAAACAAAUCCUGAGCAUAAAGAGACAUCAAAACCACCCACUGUAACAUUGAUAAUUAUUGCAGUGUGUGUAUUCUUCUGUGCGUUUGCUGUCUGCGUGUUAAUGGGUUUCAUUUCAACAAAAUGUCGUCACCAUCAGGAUCCGUCACCUACUGUUGGGUUGAUACAAAGCCAGCAAGUGGAGGAACAGCCACAAGCUUUGCAGAGAGUCUCAGCCUCUUCUUCCAGUGAGACUGAGGUCUGUUAUGAAAAUGUGGAGCCCGGCCAGACCAGAAACCCACCCAUCAGCCCAGGAGAGGAGUUGGGGUCCCAGCAAAGUCAGAAGGUAGAAAGUGUUUACAGUGUUUUGCAGGCGCCAAAAGGGACUUCCUCUCUAGACAAGGAUGGCUGCAGUGAAGACACAAAAGUACACAAGGAGGCAAAGGAGGCAUCGGCUUCACAGCAAGCCACUCCCAAAGAGGCGGAGCGCCCUUCGCAAAUUGACACACUGUACAGUGUAUUGCAAAAGCCACAGCACCACCAAUAGGUCAAAAAAAGCUUCUCAGAGGCCAAAACAAUGAACAUGUCAAGUGGAAGAAGCCUGUGAAAGCCAGAAUGAUGGCACUGACAUUCAUGCAGCAUCUAUUUGAAUAAACUCCGUUAGCUUCUGCUUUACCUUGUUUGCCUGCUUUGACUUGUUUGUCAAAGAACUUUGUAACAACGUUUUUAGGAUUUUUCAAGCCUGCAUGUAGUUGCCUGAAGUAUAAAGCUAAUGUUAGGCUUAUAAACAAAGUGCACCAUGGCUUGAUGAUGUUCUGUAGUCUCAUUUAGCCACUUGUUAGUAACUGCCUUCUUUAAAGUGCAUGAAAGCUUCAAAGUUAAUGAGUGGGGUAUUUACUUAUGUAUUUUUUGUCAUACUGCAAAAUGUGAAAGUCUCUUAAGCUUGUGUGAACCACAGAAGAUGUCAAGUAUCUAACUAAAAACCCAUUAAAAAAAGUGAAGUGCUGAAAUGCUAACUUA